AUGAACUGGGAGUGCAGGGAGCCCAGCCGCCCCCGCCGUUCAGAGCUGGCGGGAAGCGCCGCUCCCUCACGGCCCGCCCGCCAUGUCCUGCCGGGGCGGGGCGAGGAUGAGGAGGGGCCGCGCCGCCUCAGAGCCGCGGCCAUGGCGGCCUUCGUGAGGGAGCUGGAGCGGCGGGCCGGGCCGGCGCUGCGGCUGGAGCAGCGCACGGCCGGAGGUGUGGGCUGUGUGGUGUGGGACGCUGCGCUGGUGCUCGCCAAGUUCCUGGAGACCGGCGCCUGCCCCCUCGCCCGCCGCCACGUCCUGGAGCUGGGCGCGGGCACCGGCGCCGUCGGCAUCAUGGCAGCCACGCUGGGGGCCAAUGUGACGGUCACAGACCUGGAGGAACUGCAGGAGCUGUUGAUGGUUAAUAUUGAGAAUAACAAGCACCUGGUCACAGGGUCCGUCCGAGCCAAGGUACUGAAAUGGGGUGAAUAUGUAACAGAAUUUCAGCCUCCCCCUGAUUAUAUACUCAUGGCUGAUUGCAUUUACUAUGAGGAGUCCUUGGAGCCCUUGCUGAAGACCCUGAAGGACCUGACAGGCCCUGACACUUGUGUCCUGUGCUGCUAUGAACAGAGGACUAUGGGGAAGAACCCUGAAAUUGAGAGAAAAUACUUUGAACUGCUUCAGAGAGACUUCGAGCUGGAAAAAAUUCCCCUGGAGAGGCACGAUGAGGAGUAUCGGAGCGAAGACAUCCACAUCGUGAACAUCCACAGGAAGCGGACGAAGUUCCCAUCGUGAGAUCUUUGAGCGCAGGAUCUGUCCCCUGGCAGAGCUCUGGAGAAGAGGGGCUGGGAUAACACCACACAGGGACUGUCUGCGGUGUGCUUGUGACUCAUGUGCACCGAACAGCUUCUCGGACUCGGCAGCCGAGGUGUGUGACAGCGCCUUCCGGCAGGACAGCCGUGGGCUGGCGGCGUGUGCGGCCCGGGGAGGCGGGGAAUGGAGCGGGGCCGCCCCGGAGCAGCGCGGGGGGCGUGUGCUGGUGCGAGCCCGCCCGAGGGCACCGCGCUGAAA